AUAACAAAGGGCUGCCCUCCUAACUCUAGAACAGGCUCUUGCGCUAAAAAAUAACCCAAAACCUGCUUGUUUAGAGAAUCAAACUGUUCUUAUCUGGUUUUUCUAUUUUUAAUUUUAUGACUGAUACAAAUGGAAACUCUUAACAUUCUACACAAAGACUGCUUUCAAAAAAAUUCAAAAUGCUAUUGAGAAGAAUUGAACCAAGAACCAUGUGUAAACUAUGCAUGUACUGAAGCCACAAAGCUAAAACACUUCUUAUUAUUACAUAUGCUCUUCUUUUUACUAAUUCUAUUGUACAUCUGAACAAAAAGACUUCCAUUUUCAAAGUCUACUACGACAAUAGACCAGUGGAAAAAUGUGUAUAUAAAUUAGAGCCUUGAACUACCCAUUAGUUCAUCAAAGGGAAAAACAAUGGGACUGUUAGAGAAACAACUCUGCCUUGUUUCCUUAGUUCUGUUUGUUACACUCUUUUCUUCAACCAUUAAUGUUACUUCUGCUUCUGCUAAAGAAGCUAAUGCUCUCAUCACAUGGAAAGCCAGCCUGCAAAGCACAAACCAUUCCCUGCUAACUUCAUGGGUCCUUCCACCUCAUGAUCAUAUCUCAACAAGUGCCGCCCCAUGCAGCUGGUUUGGAGUUACUUGCAACGUCGAUGGAAGUGUCGAUAGGUUGAACCUCACAAAUUCAAGUCUAAAUGGUACGCUCGACAACUUUACAUUUUCAUCAUUUCCCAAUCUUGCAUAUAUUGAUCUCACCAUGAAUAACCUCUUUGGUGUCAUCCCACCUCUAAUUGGCUCCCUCUCAAAACUCAUCUAUCUUGAUUUGUCCGUCAACCAGUUCUCGGGAAACAUCCCACCAGCAAUCGGCCUGUUAACAAAUCUUGACACUCUCCACCUAGUCGAAAAUCAAUUGAAUGGCUCAAUUCCUCAAGAGAUAGGCCAGUUAAAGUCUCUUACUGAGCUUGCUUUGUACACCAACAGUCUUUCUGGACCUAUUCCUGCUUCUUUAGGAAAUUUGAGAAACUUGGCUCGUCUAUAUCUCUAUGAGAAUGAUCUUUCUGGUCCCAUUCCUCCCGAAAUGGGAAACCUUGUCAAUCUUGUCGAGCUUUACAUGGAUACCAACAAUUUCACUGGUCCCAUCCCUUCCACUCUUGGAAAAUUGAAUAAGCUAACUGUGCUGGACUUGUACAACAAUCACCUAUCCGGUUCCAUUCCACAAGAGAUAGGAAAGUUGAAAUCACUCCAGGACCUAAGCUUUGAAAUCAACAAUCUUACUGGCUCAAUUCCAACAUCUUUUGGUGAUUUGAGCUCCCUAACACUCCUACAUCUUUGGAAUAAUCAACUCUCUGGUUCAAUUCCUAAAGAACUAGCAAAUUUGAAGUUCCUCACCGAUUUGGAAUUGAGCGAAAAUCAACUCAGUGGUCCUAUUCCUGCUUCAUUAGGCAAUUUGUCUACGUUAGAAAUUCUUUUCCUUCGUUCCAACCAACUUUCCGGUCCCAUUCCACUUGAAUUUGGCAAUUUGACAAACUUGCUUGUACUAGAAAUGGAUGACAACCAGUUUUCUGGCAAUCUCCCAGAGCUUUGCCAAGGUGGUAAACUUGUAAACUUCACUGUGAACCACAACCAGCUCACAGGUACAAUUCCCCAAAGUUUGAAAAACUGUUCAAGCUUAGCCAGAGCUCGCUUUGAUGAAAACCAAUUCAUUGGAAAUAUAUCCGAAGAUUUGGGUGCUUCUCCAAACCUGGUCUUCAUGGAUUUGAGUUACAACAAUUUUUCUGGUGAAUUAUCAGAAAUUUGGGGAAGGUUUCCAAAUUUGACACUCCUCAACUUAGCGAGGAACAACAUCACUGGUAGCAUUCCACCGAGGCUUGGAAAUUCAAUACAACUACAUCGACUUGAUCUGUCUUCAAAUCGUUUAGUUGGGGAGAUUCCAAAGGAAUUUGGGAAGUUGACUUCUCUGGAGAAGUUGGUUUUAUUUGAUAACCAACUUUCAGGUAGUAUACCUAAAGAACUAAAAUCACUAACUGGGCUUUCAUAUCUUGAUCUGUCCACAAAUAGAUUCAAUGGGUCAAUACCGGGUAUUCUGGAGAAUUAUCAGAAUCUAUUUCACUUGAACUUGAGCAACAACAUGUUUAGCCAGAAAAUUCCAUUUCAGAUGGGUAAGUUAUUUCACCUUACCGAAAUGGAUUUGAGUAAUAAUUUUCUUACUGGAGAAAUACCAUCAGAACUCACAAAUUUGAAGAGUUUGGAGAAGUUGAACCUCUCCCACAAUAAUCUCUCCGGUCUCAUUCCAAAGGGUUUUGAAGAUAUGCAUGGCUUGGCAUUUGUUGAUAUAUCAUACAAUCAGUUGCAAGGUCCUAUUCCCAUAAGCAGCGCCUUCAUGAAUGCAUCAAUAGAAGCACUGCAAGGGAACAAAGAUCUGUGCGGAAAUGUCAAAGGCUUGUUGCCUUGCACAAUUCCUUCUGCAUUGCCCAAACACACUCUAGCAAAGAGGACACUUGUUCUUAUAAUCGUGCUCCCUCUUGGCGGAGCACUUUUACUUCUUGGUGCAUUCACCGGACUUCUUAGGAUCUUCGAUCCAAGAAAGAGAAAGUCACAAGUUGAAGGGGGUGACACACAACCCCCGAAUGGAGAUCUGCUAUCGAUAUCAAUAUUUGAUGGAAGAGCAAUGUACAAUGACAUUGUGAAAGCUACCAAGGAUUUCGAUGCCACAUAUUGUAUUGGAAAGGGAGGAUAUGGAACUGUCUACAAGGCGAAGCUACCAUCGGGUAAUAUAGUAGCUGUGAAGAAACUUUAUCCAUUAUCCGAGAAGGCUGACAGGAAAGGUUUCUUAAAUGAGGUAAGAGCAUUGACAGAAAUUAGGCAUCGAAAUAUAGUGAAGCUUUUCGGGUUCUGUUCGCAUGCUCAACACUCUUUUCUUGUUUAUGAGUACGUCGAAAGGGGUAGCUUGGCUGCAAUUUUCAACAGGGAUGAAGAAGCUAAAGAAUUGGAUUGGCCCAAACGGGUCAAUAUUAUUAAGGGUAUUGCAAGCGCUUUGUCGUACAUGCACCAUGAUUGCACACCGCCAAUUGUUCACCGAGACAUUUCUAGCAACAAUGUUUUGAUUGAUGAGGAGUACGAGUCUCGUAUUUCAGACUUUGGCACCGCUAAGCUUUUGAAGCUAGAUUCCUCUAACUGGAGUGCACUUGCAGGCACAUACGGAUAUGUUGCACCAGAGCUUGCUUACACAAUGAAGGUAACUGAAAAGUGUGACAUUUAUAGCUUUGGUGUGUUGGCACUGGAAGUGAUCAAAGGAAAGCAUCUGGGAGACUUCAUCACCUCCCUGUUGACCGCAGCUGUUAAGAAUAUAAAGCUAAAGGAUGUGUUGGACCAACGCCUUUCACCUCCCUCUCCUGAAGUUGAAGAGGUAGUGAUGUGCAAUGUAAAAUUGGCAAUUGCAUGUUUGCAUGUCAAUCCACAAUCUAGGCCAACCAUGCACAUUGUUUCUCAAUUGUUAUCCACCCGAAAAAUUCUCUAGAGCCUCACCUAUGUGCACAGAAUUGCUGCCCAUGAAAAUGCGCAAAAUUGAUUGCUUUCUAUUAUGUAUAUUUUUCCGUGCACUAAUUUUGUGCACUUGGCAAAACUCGAGCCUCAUAGACUUGUGCACUGACAGUGCAAAGCUAUUUUGUUUAGUUAGGAUAUGUUAGAUAUUAGAUAAAAUCCAAUCCUCUCUAUUACCUACUAAAAUAUACUUUUUGUAUAGAGGUUUUUAUUGUAAAAGUAAAUAUUGAGUGAAAAUUAAUAAAAAGAGAGAUGUAGCCUUGGGGCUUUUGUGUGCCGUGGGUGUAUGGUAGUAGCCCAACCACACACACAUGAUGUGGCUUCUCUCUUUAUUGUCGUCUUAUUUAUUUUAUUUUGCUUUGUUUUAUUUUAUUUUUCUAGAAUAUAAACCUUGUAGAACCAAAAAUUGGUGGAUUCUUUUAUAUUGAUUUGAAAAAGCAAUGUUGCUGGGAUGCUAUUUUCCAUUGAAUAAAUUACGUAUAAAUUACCAAAAUGGUUCAAAUUUGAUGUUGGUGGUGGUGAGUUUGUGGGGGUGAUUCUGGUUUUGAUGGUGAUUUGAGAUUUGGUAAAUAGGGAGGGAGGUGGUUGUUGGCAGGUAAAGAGGCGGUGGUUUAUGAGGGAAGCUGUAAAAGAGAUGGGAGAGGGAAAGAAAUUAACAUGUUACAAAUAACAUCAUAAAUUUCAUCUAAUGACAUACUGCAAAUUUGUUAAACUAGACACAAAUCUAAAUCUCUAGUACAUGGUGUGGUUUAUGAGUGAUAACCAAUAUAUUUGUGCUACGCCUCCAGUAUUGUCACUAUAAAUCUAAAUCUCUGUUUUUUAUUUGUUUUUGUUUUGUUUCGGAUUGUGAAUCUAAAUCUCAGUUUUAGUAAAUGAAUUUUAACAAAUUGUAUUUUAAUAUAAAGAUUGAAGAUUGUAAUGAGCUUAAUAGUAGAAACAGCUAUAGCAAUACACACAAGUAUUCUUAUAUCAUCUUCUAAAAGGAAAUUUGACAUUCUUCUUUUCCAUUUAUGAGGGAUCUCAAAAAUCAAUUGCAAAAUUAAUCUCAAAGCUUUUGACAGGAAACCCUAAAAUUGGGAAAACCAAAUGAUUAAUUUCAAGCAUGUAGAGAUUUAUCACAAGAAUAAUGUUG